AUGGAGGUGGCCAAUGCGGGUGACAAGAGGAGCGGCAAUGGGGGCGGCAAUGGGGUGGAUGCAAGGGGCAAGGGAAGGAAGAGGGUUGGUGAUGACGGUGGUGUGGAGAGCGGUGGGAAGAGGCAGAGAGGGGUUGGGGACGAGGGGAAACGAGGCACUUUCGCCCUGCCAUGCGCGCUCAGUGCCACGUCAGCAGCAUCUGACGUGGACCCAUCCAUGAUCUCGAGCCCCCGAGUCCUUCUGGGCGUGCCUGUGCUGCUGCGCCGUCACCCGCCAGCACCACGCCCACCGACCCCGCCCCCCAAGCCCACGUGUGCUUGGCUUGGCUGUGUGGACGGUGCUCCUCAAACCUCCUCCUCACCCCUCUCACCCCCCUCACUCCCUCGCCGAUCGGGCCGCUGGCCCUGUGUGCCUGCAGUGGUGUGCACGGAGGCUGCUCUGCGUAUCGCCAGGCUGGGCGCAAAAGAGAGGGGCGGCACUGGCGCGUGGAGGGGCGUGCUGGCGGACGGUGAAAAACGAGGCCCAUUCAUCCCUGAGGUGCGCCUGCUGUCCCAGUGCAGCUGCUGUCAUGCCCGUGCCUCAUGCCGGUGCCCCUGUGCUCGCCCCACCUGCCAUGCUCGCCCACCUGCCAUGCUCGCCCCACCUGCCAUGCUCGCCUCACCUGCCAUGCUCGCCCCACCUGCCAUGCUCGCCCCUCUCCAAGGGCUCGCUAGUAACCCCCGCCUCCCUGCCUCUGUUUCACCUCAUUAUGCACUCUCACGCUGGCCCAUCUCUCUGCCUUCUCAUCCGCCCUCCCGUGCGUCGCUACAAGCCACAUCAUCAUUCAAUGCACACGCACUUCCCACCUCACCCAACUUGCACGUGUGUCCUCUCACUCAAGUGCACCUUUGCCUUCCCCUGCCACUGAGCCACAUGCCUGACAGAAGGUCUUGUGCUUCGCUCGCCUCGCAAGCCAUCAUCAUCCAGUUGCUUUCACUACAAAAGCUCACCCUGAAACCCCUUGCUCUUCUCGCCACCUCUCUCCUCUCCCACCCAUCGCCCAUCUCCUUCUCUCCCUCCUCUUUCUACCUCCUCUCCCCCCCUUCCCCCCAUUCUCACCCUCUGCCCUGCCUCGGGAGGUCCUCUUGGCUCUGCCUCCUGGUCGCUCCUUCACUGCCCCCACUCGCCCUCCCACACCACCCAUGCCUCCCAACCCCACACCUCCCACCCACACACCUCUUUCCCCGCCGCACAUCUCUUCUCUCAACAACCGCUCUCAUCCAUCUCGCAAUCCCUCCAACCGACCCUUCCGCCGCUCCCUUCGCCUCCCACUCCACCGCUUCAACCGCUCCCUCCUCCAAGUGCUCUCACCUCGCCCUCCUCUUCCCAUCGCUGCCCUACACUACUCUCGCUGCUCCACCACAGCUGGAGCCAGUAAGAUCUUGCCACGUGGCAGCUCUAUGUGAGCCCACGUCAGCCAGCUCUGCUGACAGUCACGCAUGGACAGAAGACGCCAAGGAGGGGAGGAAGGCAAGGGUGGGGGAUGAGGAGCAUGGGAAGGGGCAUGAUGGCAGGCCGUGGGGUGGGGGAGGGAGGGGCAGCGAGGUGGGAGUGCAGGGCGGAUGGAAGGGCAGAGGUGGCGGGAUGGAGGAGGCGGGUGGCACAGGGAGGGCGAGUGGUGGUGCCGUGCUCCCCGCUGGGCCCCUCCUUGGACGUGCUACUCGCCCUGCUCUCACCCUCCCACUCACCACCAGGCCACCAGCACAAUCAGCAGCAGCAGCAGCAGCAGCAGCAGCAGCAGCAGCGCCAUCACCCCAUGUGGGAGUGGGAGUGCCGGUGGUGUACCUGUCGCCAGUGGCCAAGCAGACGCUCUCCCUCGCCUGCAUCCUGCCUGAGUGGAUGCACCCCCGCGUGCAUGAUAGACUCGCUGUAUUCUGCCAUACGUCCUUCUGCCAUACGUCCUUCUGCCAUACGUCCUUCUGCCAUACGUCCUUCUGCCAUACGUCCUUCUGCCACACGUCCCUCUGA